UGUUUCCUGGUGCGGCCCCGUGGGUCCGGACUGCUCAGCGGCCCUGGGAGCAGCCGGGCCGGGAGGGGGAAUAACCCCGCAAAAGCCCCGCCGGAACCCCACCGCCACCCCGGCACCGUAAGCCCAGCACAGCGCUGGCGGCAGAACCUGCAUGAGAAGCGAGUGCUGCAGAGCGGCUCUGCUGUGUUCCGGGAGGUUUUUAACGUUUUCCGUAGAACUUGCGUGAACACCUUAUUGCGUGCUUAUAGGAGCCGUUUGGAAGUUGCAUAACGUAGCCGAUUUGAAGAUACAAUUUGUGAGAUUUACGGUCACAUGAAUGCUGUGACUACAGAGGUGUUCGGGGCCUUUGCUCCUUGCAGUGGACUUUUUUGAUUGAAAAUUCAAGCAGUAUGCUUUUGACAGCAAUAGUGAAGAACUGGAAGACUGGUUAAUUACUGUACUAAAAUGGAGUAUUUACCAGUAGAGUAACUAAGGUGCUGACAAGUUUUGACAUCUUCAUCCUCAUAAACAUGAGUGAAGUUCAGGCUAUGGUAGAAUUCUCCGUGGAGCUCCACAAAUUCUUCAAUGUGGAUUUGUUUCAAAGAGGCUUUUACCAGAUUCGUGCAUCUAUGAAAAUCCCUCCAAGAAUUCCACACAAAUUAGAAGCUAGUUUGUUACAUGCAACUGGUGCAGAUCUUGCCUUUCCUGCUUCAAUCCAUGACAAUAUAGUUUACAGUAAAACAUUUCAGAUUCUCUACAAAAAUGAGGAAGUUUCUGUGAAUGAUGUGAUGAUUUUCAAUAAAAUGCUGUUAGAUGAGAGGAAGAUUGAGGAGUCUCUUAAUGAAAUGAAUUUUCUGCUUACGUUAGACCUACACUUCACGGAUACAGACUAUUCACCAGAUGACCUGAGCACACUACAGCCAAUUAGUAGCCGAACUUUAAAGUUGCACUUUAACUUACACCGGGGCCUUCAUCAUUACGUCAAUGUUAUGUUUGAUUACUUUCACCUUUCUGUCAUAUCGGUUAUAGUCCAUGCUUCUCUGGUUGCUCUGCAUCAGCCCUUGAUAAGUUUUCCUCGCCCAGUGAAGAAUACGUGGUUAAACAGGAAUGCACCAGCACAAAACAGGGACUCCGUGAUUCCUUCUCUGGAAAGCGUGGUCUUUGGCAAUAACUACACAAAGCAGUUAUCAGCUGAUGGUUGCAGUUUUGUUGUUUCAGAGUCUUUCCUCAGCCAUGCCUAUAAUUUCCACUAUACACUUUGUGCCAGUUUGCUGCUUGCUUUCAAAGGCUUACAUAGCUAUUUCCUUAUGAUAACAAAGGAGCUCCCCUCUUCUCACCGAAUUGAACUGGCCAAGGCCAGCAUGCAGGUCCUUUAUGAACGCCUUCUCAGAAGAAAGUUUCCACGAACCCAGAGAGACGCCUACCUAGAAAACAUCGAUGUAGAAGUUCGUCUUUCAGAACUGUGUGAAGAAGUAAAGAAAAUGGAAAAUCCUGAUGAACUGGCAGAACUUAUCAAUAUGAAUCUUGCUCAGCUUUGCUCACUUCUGAUGGCUCUCUGGGGGCAAUUCCUGGAGGUCAUUACCUUACAAGAGGAGGUCACAGCAUUGCUAGCACAAGAACAUCACACAUUAAGGGUGCGUAGAUUUGCAGAAGCAUUCUUCUGUCUUGAGCAUCCUAGGCAGGCUGCCCUUGCCUAUCAAGAACUACAUGCUCAGAGCCACCUACAAAUGUGUACAGCUAUAAAAAACACUUCUUUCUGCAGUUCUCUUCCACCCCUUCCUAUUGAAUGCAGUGAACUAGAUGGAGAUACGAACUCCUUGCCUAUAAUCUUUGAAGAUCGGUAUUUAGAUUCAGUUACUGAAGAUAUGGAUGUACCCUGGUUGGUAGUUCAGAAUCUUCCAAGGUCAGAGUCCAAUAAACUGGAUAAAUUUGAAGCUGAAGAAGGUUUCGUAGCUGGAUUCACUAGCCCGGAAUUGAAAACAAGACCUGCAGGUGCCUCCAGCCUUUGGCAUUCAGAAAAUGAAAAGAUGCUAACAAAGUCUUUGAAAGGGAAAAAUGAAGAUGCAAAUAAACCCAAAGUUAAGGUUACUAAGCUCAUGAAAACAAUGAAACCUGAAAAUACGAAAAAAGUCGUGAAACAGAACUCUAAGGACUCUGUGGUCUUAGUAGGCUACAAAUGUUUGAAAAGUGCAGCACUGGAAGAUACCUCUAAAAGUCCAGAAGGCAGGCCUUCCUGCAAUACUAAUGAAGGGCUGGACCCUGCAGUAAGUGGAUUUCCUUGUGAUACAAAGCCUUGCACCCGGCAAAUAAGUCAAAGAGAAUUUGUGUGUUUGACAUCUGGAAGUGAGGAAAACACUGCUAAGAUUGAAGGUGUUCAACCAAGUCAGGGUAGCCCUGUGCACAGUGAAAACAUGGCUAUUUUUGGUAGACUUACCAUCUCCCAGGCAGGCCCUGGAACUGUGCAAGCAGACAGUGCUCUACAACCCAGAGAUACACCUGAAGGUUGUCAUGGAGUUCAGCCAGCUUCCUUGGGAGUUAGGACAAUUGAGGUCAAACCAAGUAGUAAGAAUCCUUAUGAAGGGGAGAAAGUAACUGUUCAUAUUGGAUCAUGGGCUGAGUUUCCACAAGAUGGAGUGCAAGGAGAGAAUCUGCAGACACCCAAUAUUCAAGCUUCAGAAUCUGGAAACAAGUUGCAUUCAGGAGAACCAAUGCUUGAAAAGGAAGAUGUCCAUGAAAAAAACUUCCAACACACCAGUGAUAUGUUAACAAAAGUAAAAAAUAAUCAGCCUAGUUUAUCUACAAAAGAAAGCCUGCUUUCUGUAAGCGGAGACGUCACUAAAUUACCAGACGUUAAUGUGACGUGCGCCUCUUCUAGGUUUUCAGAUUCUGGCAUAGAAAGUGAACCGAGUUCUUUUGCAACUCUCCCCAACCCUGAUCAGGUUUUUGAAAAUGUUCAAGGGCAAAGUGCAUGCAAUGCUGAGAGAUUAUUUCCUCAGCUCUUACUGAAACCAGACUAUGCUAUAAAAAAUGCAUUGGAAAGCCAUUGUACUGAGAGUACUAGUGCUGUAAGUGAAAUACAAUCAUCCUUGACAUCUAUAAAUUCUCUGCCUUCAGAUGAUGAUGAACUGUCACCUGAUGAAAAUUCAAAAAUAACUAUAGUACCUGAAUGCCAGCUAAGUGACAGUAAAACUGUACUGGAUCUUGGAGCAACUGAUUUGCCAAAAUGUGAUGAUAGUAAAAAAUCAAAUACCAAUCUGCAGCAACACUGUGUUGUAUUUUCAGGGCAUUCAGAUAAAGAAACUAUGUCCAUACAUUCCUCACUCUCAGGAACAAAAGAACUUUUACACUUAGUUGUUUCAGAUGAGGUUACAUCUUCUGAUGUGAAAAGCAGCAGCUCACAGGCAGACCUUGGCACAACCUGUACGGACUCUCAGGUCCUAGAAAGAUAUCGUAACACUACAGAAGACACAGCUAAAUUGCAUUUAGAAAUUACUUGCUUGGAUGAGCCAUCUGUUCUUUCAGGUUCUUCAUCUGUACAUGCAGGGUAUGAGGUUGAAAAACCAAAUGAAGGAAAAUAUAACGAGCCUUUAGAACUAAAGGAGGCAGUGGAAGAACUGUCAGCAGCUAAAAGUGACACUGGUACUGAUAAUCCUUCUCCAACAAGUAGUACUGAUAUAGUAAAGCAGGGGCUUGUAGAAAACUAUUUUGGCUCUCGAAGCAGCACAGAUAUUUCAGAUAUUUGGCCUAUGGACAACAGCAAUCCCGUUAGCCCUCAAAAAGAAACAUAUGAAAAACAAAUUAUUUGCUCUUCCCAACAAGAUGAUGAAGAAGAGGAGGAUCAAGAAAUGAUUGAAAAUGGGUAUUACGAAGAAACAGACUAUGGUAUAUUAGAUGGAGCUUCUGGUGCUGACCAAGAUCCUGAUUUAGCAGAAGAAAGAGCCCUGAGGUCUGAAAGGCUUGAUAGUGGGCAUCUGCGUGAUGGAAUGACUGUGCCUCCCGUCUGUACUCCUGGUUGUCUGUCUUUUCCUUCUUCUCUGAGAGACUCUCCUUGCAAUGUUAUCUGUUCUUCAAGGAACAAAUCUGAUGCAAUUACACAGCAGCCAGGCAGCACAUCUUACAGCUCAGCUUCUCCUGUUUCCUGGUAUGAAAGCUCCCCAAAGCCUCAAAUGCUGGCUUUCCUCCAGGCUAAGGAAGAACUGAAGCAACUGAAACUUCCUGGAUUUAUGUACAGUGAUGUUUUCAAACUGGCCUCUUCAAUACCUUACUUCAGUAUGGAAGAAGAUGACUGUUCAGAAGAAGGAAUACAUCUUAUAGUCUGCGUCCAUGGCCUAGAUGGUAACAGUGCAGAUUUAAGAUUAGUGAAGACUUACAUUGAGCUGGGGCUGCCUGGAGGGAGAAUAGACUUUCUUAUGUCCGAAAGAAAUCAGAACGAUACCUUUGCUGAUUUUGAUUCCAUGACAGAUCGCCUUUUAGAUGAAAUUAUACAGUAUAUACAGAUUUAUAAUCUAACCCUUUCAAAAAUCAGCUUUAUUGGCCAUUCACUGGGUAAUUUAAUAAUUCGUUCAGUGCUCACAAGACCUCGAUUUAAAUAUUACCUCAACAAGCUUCAUACCUUCUUGUCUCUGUCUGGACCACACCUUGGUACUCUCUACAACAGCAGUGCUCUUGUGAAUACAGGACUGUGGUUUAUGCAGAAAUGGAAGAAGUCUGGGUCUCUGCUGCAGUUGACGUGUCGAGACCAUUCGGAUCCACGACAGACAUUCUUAUACAAGCUUAGUAAAAAAGCAGGUCUUCAUUACUUCAAAAACAUUGUCUUAGUUGGAUCUCUACAGGAUCGUUACGUUCCUUAUCACUCUGCUCGCAUUGAGAUGUGUAAAACAGCUUUAAAGGAUAAACAAUCAGGACCAAUUUAUGCUGAAAUGAUCCAGAACCUGCUUCUGCCAGUUCUUCAAAAUAAGGAAUGUAAUUUGGUUCGUUACAACGUAAUUAACGCAUUGCCCAAUACAGCAGAUUCUCUCAUAGGGAGAGCUGCACACAUUGCUGUUCUUGAUUCAGAAAUAUUUUUAGAAAAAUUCUUCCUUGUUGCUGCCCUGAAGUACUUUCAGUAGAGAAGAGCAUCGUAAGAGACUUGGUUAUUACCUCAUUAACAGAUGAAUCAAAUAAUGUGUGAUAUUAAAGUAUAGCUGCAGCUGUAUUUUAAGAGAUAUUUAUACUUUUUAUAUGGAAGAUAAUUUAUAUCAUCCACACUUAGGGCUUUUUAACAUCAACUUUUACUUUCUAGGUAAUGUGGCUGUGCAAUAUUUUUUUAUUUUGUUCUUUUUACUUUUCUAUUACUUUUUCUUAAUUUGGGGUACCUAAUUAUUUGGAGAUUAAAGCACAGUGUGUACUCUGUUUGGUUUCUUACUGGCUUUUAAGACUACAGAAGUCAACAUUACUUGGCUACAUUUUACAAGACGCUUUAGAUGCCAGAAUUAAUUGGCUUUAAAGGUUCUAAGGUAUUACACAUGCAAUUGUUGUAUUUUAGCACUGUAGGAAGUUUAACUGGAAACAAAACUUGCUGCUAAAAUACUGGAUAUUUGAAAACAACUGUAUCUGUGAGUCUCACAAAGACCCUUCCCGAGUUGUCUGUUCGGACAUCACAGCAUCUUAACCAUUUUCUACAAAGUCAUUAUCAGCAUUAGUAAAUAUGUUAUGCCUGUGGGAGUAUAUUUUCUACUGAUCUCAAAAACACCUUAGUUUACAUAUUCAAUUUUAUUACUGGAACUUUAGUUUUCAGAAGCAAAUGGCAACUAAGGAUUUUUGAAUGUUUAAUGAUAGCUGCCUUCAAAUAAUUGGGGUUUUGCAAACCGUAUUAAAAUUGCUCCUUACUCUGUCAGCUCCUCAGACGAACGCGGACUGUUUUACAUGGACUUCCUCGUAUGUACGUGAAAGAAGUAAAUGUUACAAACUUCUGCAAUACUUUUAUGAAUUUAUUCAAUUUUUAAAUAUUGUUCAAAUGUUUUAUUGACUACAAAGUAUUGUAAAUAGAAAUCGAUACAUCUUCAAAUGGGACGAUAUUGUAAACUUUACCUGUUCAGUGAUGCAGAUAAAAUGUUUUUGAUAUACAGGAAUGUUAAAGGUCUAUUGACUUUCUACUGGUGCUGAAUAGCAUUGAGUUCGGUUUCUCCUUCCUUCCCUUUUCUCUGUUUCAAACAAGAAUUCACUAAAGGUGGGGCAGAAAAGGGUUACAUGUGCAUUCACUAACUGUAAUGAACAUUUUUUGAGAAACACAAAUUUGUUGUAUAAUGCAUGUUUAUUUUUAGCAUUGUGUUAUUGCAUCUGGUGUUAAUAAAAUGAACAAAUGACUCUAAGGAAGCAAUUAAAGGAACUGAAAUCUUCUGCUAAUUACCAAAUCCCGGGGAGGCAUUUUUGUAUAUCAUUAAUACUUUUGUAUUAUUUGAAAUGAAUGUAGCAAUAAUAGUUUGUAAUGAAGUAAUUUUACAUUUUAUAUGGUUUGUUAAUGCAGUCUCUGUAAUAACAUGCUUUCUUCUCUGCAGCUUACAGAUUUCAGAUGAGCAUCUGCACUUUGGCAGUGUGUACACUUCAGAGUGCUUUCUUACAGAGUUGUUUUAGGCAAGUGCUUAUUACAGAAAGAUAUCUUAAAUACAUUCCCAUUCUAACAAUAUCUAUUUUUAUAUAUUUUUUAUAUUAUGGUGGUACUGCUAUGCUGUAAAUAUUUAAAUUACAUUGUGAUAUCUCAA